AUGGUCUCAACUCUAGCAACCUUACCAGUACUCACAACUCUCCCAGAUCCACUCAUAUUUGCGGCUCUCGUCUGUUUCAAAGGCCCACCUACGAUAAACCUUGCUACAAUGUCGCAAAACUCCACUAUCUGUGAUCUCCCAGCUGAGAUACUACUCAUGAUAGUCAAUCAUCUUGAUGCUUUCAGUACCAUCUGGCUACAACGUUCGUGCCGGCUUUUUCAUGGAACAAUACCGUCUCCUACUCACCUGGAGUUAAUAAAAGCGGAGACUACCUAUUUCGGUACUCAGAACGACUUAUACGCCUGCAGAGAUUGCCUUAGAUUACGCCCUAGAGCAAAAUUUGCGGACAAUAUGGUGAAAAGGAAAAAGUCCAAGUGGGGAGAAAAAGUUACGGAACGGUGGUGUGUGGACUGUGGUAUCAAACCGCGCCCUGGCACUAAUCGAUAUACCGCCGGUAACAUCAUCACUAUCCUAGGGGUACCAUUUGUGAUCUGCUCAAAGUGUCGCAAAUUUAGAGAAGGUGCUUCGGAAAACGGGAAACUGUUGUUUGUAUGCCAAGUCUGUCGGGGAUUUACGAGAGCAAUCGAGGAGCGCGCUGAGCUUGAUAAAUCGCGACAUGAAAGGGCGCGACUGCGAGCUGAACAGGCUGCACGAAGAGCCAGGAGACGUGAAACAUGGGGCUCGGCUUCUGACAGCGAUGAUCUGCCUCCGAGUAUUACAUCUAGCGAAGAGUAUAUGGAGAUGAUCCAGGCCGAGGCUGAUACGUACAUGAACAGCCCUGGGCCUGGUUCUGAUUGA